CUGCCCAUUCAAAUCGCCAUGCUUGAAGAUCCACGGAUUAGAUUGGGAAGCGCAUAGUACCACUUCCAGAUAAGACGAUUUCGCGUAGAAAAAGUAUAAAACCAUUGGACACUCCCAAGAGCAGUCCAAAGUUUUCUCCCGUUCAACAUGUGGAUCCAAACGACAUUCGCAAUCAGCAUGGUGGUAGCCUUCGCGGCCGCCGCCAUAGAAUCCAAUCCGGCCAGGCCGGUGCUGUUUGGAUCCGGACGGACGGCACCUCCUCGGCAGUUACCUUCCGAUAAUGUUAUCGAUAACGGCAACUACACCGAGUGGCACACGUUUGACCAACGCCAAAGCCAUUCGAACGCACAUAGUGUGGACAUGUUCCCGAUGCGAUACGUUAGCAAUUCAAAGUUCUACCGACCCGGGGGACCUAUAUUCGUGUUCGUUGGAGGACCAUGGGAGUUGGAGCAACACUUUGUCGAGCAGGGACACUUCGUGGAUUUGGCUGAGCAAAACAAUGCUUACGUAGUGGCGAACGAGAUGCGUUACUACGGAGAGAGUUUACCUUUACCAAAUGCAUCCCGUGGAAACUUGCGCCUUCUGCACAUUGUGCAAGCCUGCACGGAUCUGGCGCGGUUCAUUGUGCACAUAAGAGAUGAGGUUCUGCGAACUCCCAAUGCUAGAAUUAUCCUGGCUGGAGUUGGUUUCUCCGGCUCCCUGGCCAGCUGGACACGAUUGCGCUACCCUCAUCUGAUUCAUGGAAUUUGGGCGUCCGGUGCUAUGAUGCAAGCGAGCACAAACUUCAGAGAGUUUGCCGAAGAGGUGGGAGAGUACAUUCGCCGAUACGGCGGUAGUGAGUGCUAUGGUGCCCUAUGGCGAGGCUUCCGUACUGCUGAGAACCUGAUCGACGCAGGACAGUCCCAGACCGUGAACACCAUGUUCAACGUUUGCACUCCGAUCAAUGCAACCAAUCCGCUGGACGUUGAAGCAUUUUUCUACGGUAUUUUCAACGAAGUCGUUGAAAACACCCUACGGCCCAAUCUCCGAACCAACAUUAGAAAUAUGUGCGAUACGUUGACCCACGCCGAUCAUGAUAGCGGGCUGACAGCUCUGGCAAGUUGGAUAACUGACCGUUUCCCUGAAGCGGAAUGUCUUGCAAUGGACUUGGACAGCGUUGUACAGCUAUUCCAAGAGACCGACUGGCAACAUGAUGUGCACAAAUCCGGUGAGCGUCAGUGGUUCUACCAGCGUUGUACCGAACUGGGAUGGCCUUUGACGGCGGACUCGAUGAAUCAACCGUUCGGAGUUCGGAUCUCAGCAAAUCUCUUCCAGCAAAUCUGCCAGCGAGUUUUCGAUGGCUGGCUAACCGAAGACGUCUUUCAGUCGCUCAUCCGGCAGACGAACAUCCUAUACGGAGGAAACCGUCCGGAAAUGAGGUUCGUGUUCUAUACUCACGGUUCGUUAGAUCCGUGGCGGUUUACCGGUAUUACCGAGGUGCUGUACAACAACAAUUACGUGAAUGUCAUUCGGGGUGCUAUUCAUGGAGAGGAUAUGGCUUCGAUUUCUGAUUCGGACUGGGCCGACCUGAGAAACAGUAAGGAGGAGGUUGGUGUUGCCAUUCGUAGCUGGAUAGACAGAAGAGUGUGAUUAGGCUUCCAGUUACAAUUAUUUGUGUAUUUUGAAAGCAUCAAGCAGUAUUAGUAACAGUACUUGGGUAUUAUUUUAUGGAGAUUAUUGAAAUAAACAUG